GGAAAAAAGAUCGAGGAGAUGGGAUUUCUGGGUUAUGAUUUUCCAAGGGGGCCACUUUAUUGCUUGGUUAAUCUUCACGUUUUCGUGUUUUUUGCCAUUCAAGCAUAUAUAUUAUAUAUGUAUGCUUAAAUAUUUGCUACUUUUUAUAGGCAUCACAAUUAUGUACAAACAAAGAUGUACAGUCGAGAGCAGAAUUAUUAUCAUUAGCUCGAGGUCCUCUAUAUGGUGUUGAGAGGUUCAAUGGAUAUGUGAUCAAUGGUUUCAGAUUUCAUACCAAAAAACAUGAAACAAGAAAAGCCAAACAAAACAGUGGCAUCUUGUUAAAGGGGCUUAUGGGUUCUAAGGUUGUUGAUUACUAUGGAGUUUUGACUGAAAUAAUUGAGCUUCAAUAUUUGGGAGGAAACAGGGUUGUAAUGUUCAAAUGUGAAUGGUGGGAUGUUGAGAAUAUUGACAGGGGAGUGAAGGUCGACAAAUAUGGCUUUGUUAGUGUUAAUACAUCUCGUAAGCUCGUGACAAAUGAGCCAUUUGUCCUUGCCUCCCAGGUGGAACAAGUAUUUUAUGCUCAAGAUGGAUCUAAUCCUAAUUGGAUUGUUGUUUUGAAAGGUCAAUCUCAAAGUUCUUUUGAUCACUUCUCUGAGGACUCAGUUGAUGAACAAUCAUAUGAACAAGAAGAGGCUUUUCAACAAGAGAAAUCCGCAACCAAUUAUCCAAUCCAUAAUCUUGUUCAAGGCAAUGAACUAGAUGAUUGGGAGGAAAAUGAUGAGGCACAUGAUGAUUCUGAUGAUAAUAGCAAUCAUAGUGAGAACAGUGCAGAUGAAGGACAGAGUUCCGGCGAGUCUGAAGAUAAUGACGACUUCUUGUUAUAAGGUGCAAUUUUCAUCUCGUGACCAACAAACCAUUGAGCUAGCAGUAUCAGCAUAGGAUUUUGACUUUGAGUUGGCGGUUCUAGUUCUGUGGAUACCUUCUUUCAUUCUAUGUUCCAUGUAGUGCAGUAGUGUAGAUGC